UGUUAAAGGGGCGGAAGUCAGUCAGACGCUCGCUGGAGUUUCUAAACUCGCUUUCUAUCUCUUCUUCACUCACAGCGGAUCCACAGCAGCUCACAGGCUGUGAAUUGGACUUUGGCAGUACCCACAACAGCGACCCGCUCCACCAUGAGUAACUACAGCGUGUCCUUGAUCGGACCUUCACCCUGGGGCUUCAGACUACAGGGUGGCAAGGACUUCAGCAUGCCUCUCACCAUCUCCAGACUGACAGAAGGAGGAAAGGCAGCGAAAGCCAAGAUCAGCGUCGGGGACGUUGUGCUGUCGAUCGAUGGCAUCGCCACAGACGGAAUGACACACCUGGAAGCCCAGAAUAAAAUCAAAGCCUGUACGGGAAACCUGAACCUCUCAGUGCUGAGAUCUUCCAGUAUCACUAAAACGGAGACUUUGAAGGAGGAACCACAGGAGAUCAUAAAGCCGGUGCCCAUCAGCCAAGCGCCCGGGGCCUCCACCGGCCCCGCCAGCAUUGCUUAUAAUAAGACGGCUCGGCCCUUCGGCGGAACGACUAACACCGUCAGAUCGGUCAGUCCCAAAGCCUCCAUCCCCUCUGCCUCGUCUGCCUUCACCCCAGCCGCUCCGUCCCAGCAGCCUGGCUCCUCCCCCAAACCCGCCUCUGGCCACUCCCCCUUCACUAACUCCUCCUCCACACCAUCCUCUGGCUCCUCCUCCCCGGCGAGAGUGAUGGCUCCGCCCCCGGCCCCCGCCGCCCCUCAUUCGUCCGUCUAUAACACGCCCAUCAACCUCUACUCCAAUGAGAACGUGUGCGUGGUGGCCUUGGGCCAGAGGCGUGGCCUGCUGGAGAGCAAAGCCACAGGGGAACAGCACAACGGGGAUCGCUUUGAUCUGUUGUUCAGAAAGGGUUUUAAUGGCGUGUUAAAGGAAUAUUCUGUGAACGUGUUUGCUUUGUGGUCUAGCAGCACUGCAAGUCACUUUCUCUCUGUCUCUCUCUCCAGCGAGGCCACAGAGGAGCUUCAGCCCAGUUCUCAUGCCACGUCUUCAGUCAAAACCAUGAGCAAAGCGGCCGCUGGUGCCCCGAGGCAGGGCAACGGAGUCCCUCCAGCCGCAGCCAAGAGCUGGCAGUCGAGCAGCGCCGCAGGGUUUCCCAAAGCAGGUGCACCUGCGCCGCAGACGGGCCCCUCGAUCGGACGGGUCAGCAGCAAGGGCCCGGAUCGACCCGCUCCUCAGGCUCACCCCAGCGACCGGGACGAUUCGCUGGUGCAGAGAGCCGAACACAUCCCGGCGGGAACACGCACACCCAUGUGCGGCCACUGCAACAUGGUCAUCAGGGGUCCGUUCCUGGUGGCGAUGGGCAAAUCGUGGCAUAAGGAGGAGUUCACCUGCUCUCACUGCCGCAGUUCUCUGGCAGACGUGGGUUUCGUGGAGGAGCGCGGCUCCGUCUACUGCGAGCGCUGUUACGAGCAGUUUCUGGCCCCGGCCUGCUUCAGAUGCCAGCAGAAGGUUCUCGGGGAAGUCAUCAACGCUCUGAAGCAAACCUGGCAUGUGUACUGCUUCCUGUGCACCGCCUGCCAGCAGCCCAUCCACAACAACACCUUCCACCUGGAGGACGGACAGCCGUACUGCGAGACCGGUGAGAGACCAAACCCACGGCCUGUCAAUAGAAAGGAGAAAGUGUGCAGCACGAGUCUGGAGGGUCAGACCUUCUUCUCCAAGAAAGACAAGCCCUUGUGCAAGAAACACGCUCACACCGUCCAGUUCUGA